UUCAUUCCCUGAACAGUCAAAAUGAAGAUGAAGAAACUAAUUGCUCAGUGUAUUUGUAUAUUUGGCAUCAUUUCGACAGUGUACACUGGGGAGAAGGAAUGGGAUUCUUUUGUAUUAACGUUAACAUGGCCAGUCACGAUGUGUAAAUUUUGUAAUUUGGCUAACAAGAAGUGUGUUGUUCCUGCAAAGAUAUGGGAAAUCCAUGGGCUUUGGCCUGGUUACAGUAAUGGUGAUUGUGCUCCACGAAAUUGCAGCAUAUCUCACCCAUUCAACAAAGAUGAAAUAAAGGAUUUAUUAGACCAACUGAACAAAUACUGGCCAAAUCAGCUGCCUAAGAGACCUCAGUAUGAUUUCUGGGCACACGAAUGGGAAGCCCAUGGUAGAUGUGCAACAAUCGUGAAAGACACCGGAACUGAACUAAAGUAUUUUAACAAAACUCUUGACCUUCGCUUGAUUAAUGAUGUUGGCAGUAUAUUAUCAUCAGCUGGUAUCAGUCCUGGAAAAUCGUACGAGCUGACUGCGGUGGAAGGUGCUUUGAAGAGGGGUACAGGGGGCCAGCCACUCGUUCUGUGUGGAAAUGUAGAGAAUAAGACAUGGAUUUCGGAAAUACUUAUUUGUAUGAACAAAUCUUUCAAAGUCACAGACUGCCCACAACCAAACUGUAGACCUAAAUCAAGAAAAAAAACCUUACCACCUGAUGAUCCAUGCGAAGAGAUGGUGUUUUACCCCGAGAGCGAAAAAGAACUAUACUAAUUAUAUUUGUUAUUCAAGGUCAGACGACACGUUCCUCAAUUAUAUUGAAUUUUUCCUGAGAAUUUGUCAUUGAAGUAUUGCUACUUUAACAAGUUUUCUCACAAAAAAUUGAGGUACCUUACCAGGCAUUUGUGCAUGAUACCAGAGAGUGGUGUUUCCUAUAUAAUCCUAUUAGAAAUAAUUUGAAUUGUCAAUAUUAUAAUUUGUAUGGUAUUCAUUUCUAAAACAUUUUUAAAAAAGUUUGGAAAUCAUAAGAUAAUGUAAAUAUUAUGAAUAUUCUUAUACAUUACGAAGAGAAACAAAACAGAUGUAUUUGAAGAACGUGUCGUCAGACCUUAAAAUUCUUAAGUCAAGUAUAAUUCAUUUUUUAUGCCCCCGCCGUGAAAUGGCCUGGGCAUGUAGUGUUACCCCAUUCGUCAGUUAAAAUAAGUUUUCCGGACUUUUUGGGCUAUGAUUGUAGAUAAUGAGCUGAUCUUUUGUAUGUAACUUAAUAUUGAUGACCUACAGAUCAAGCUCGAGUUUCGUCUAAUUUUAACUAAAGUGGCUCUUUAAGAUCCAUCUAAAGCUCUUAGACUUUGAGAAUUUCUUUUUAAAAAAUCACUGUUUUCCGGAAUUAUUUUGCUGUGCUUGUAGAUGAUAAGCUGAUUUUUGGUAAGUUACUUCAUAUUGAUGAAACACAGAUCAAGUUCGAGUUUCUUCUAAAUCGAUUUAUUUUUAUAAAAUUAUGACCCUUAGACUUUAAAAAUUUCUAACAAUCAAACUGUUUUCCGGACUUUUUUUUUGCUUAUGAGCUGAUUUUUAUUGUUAUUUGAUAUUGCUGACUUUCAGAUCAAGUAUGAGUUUCGUGUUAAUUGAUUUUUUUUACGAAAGUUAUGGCCUUUGGAAAUAUCUUGUAAUUCACUGUGUUCUGAACUUUCUUUACUCUGCUUGAAGAUAAUGAGUUAAAUUUUGGUAUGUCUCUUGAUAUGGUUGGCUUACAGAAUAAGUUUGAGUUUCGUUUUAAUUGACCCAUUUUUACGAAAAUUAUGACCAUUAGAAUUUGAAAAUUACCAAUAAUUCACUGCUUUCAGGACUUUUUUCUGUUCUUUUGAUAUAGAGCUGAUAUUUGGUAUAUGUAAUGUUGUAAUGAUUGAGUUAUAAUACUGACUUUCAAAAUUCCUGAUCAUUAACUGUUUUUUUCACAUUUUGUUGGCUAUGUUUGUAGAUAAUGAACUAUGGUUUGUCUCUUUGUAUUGAUGACUUGCAGAUCGAAUGCAAGUUUCAUGUUAAUUGUCUCAUUUUAACGAAAGCUAUGAUCCUUUAAAUUUCUAAUUAUUCACCGAUUUUGGACUUUUAAUUAUUUUGCUUGUAAGUAAUUACAAUUUCAUGCAUCUUAAGUAUGUUGUGGUAUAGACACCUUAUUCCAGAAAACAAAAGCAGCAGUAUAUUUUAUUUUUGUGCCAUUUCCAUCUAUUCUUAUUUUCACAUUCUUGGUCUUUCACGUAUUCAAAAUUUGCAUGUCAGCGGGGGCAUUCGUGUCACCCUGAAACAUCAAGUCUUUAUUUUUUGUGAUAUCAAAUAAUCUUAGUGAUCUAUUCUAGAUUCAAAAUGGUGAAAAGCUUUUAUUUUCAAACACGACAGUUACAAGUUAUGUAGUGCUUUGAAUAAAAAGAUUGAAAUAGA